AUGCCACCACCAGACGGACCCCGUCCAGAAGUCGUAGGACCCGAGAGCGGCCCAGCACCGCCUUUCCCGCUGCGAUUGAAUGGGAAAGUGAUUAAGGGCUUUGGGAGGGGGAGUAGUGAGCUCGGCAUCCCCACGGCCAACAUCCCCAUCUCCGGCCUCAGCGUCGGCGGGCACGAGGACGUCGAGUCGGGGGUCUACUACGGCUGGGCCGGCCUUUCCGCUUCAAAGGCCACCUCCUCUCCUGCCUCCGAAUACACGCUCAUGAGCCCGGACGUCUUCUCCUCGCUCCAGAAAUCCCUCCCCACGUCAGGAGGGAAAGAAGGUGGAGAAGAAGGAGAAGGCAAGGUAUACCCAAUGGUAAUGUCGAUCGGCUGGAACCCCUUCUACAAAAACUCCGUGCGCAGCGUCGAAGUGCACCUGAUGCACGGCCUCUCGCACCAAUUCUACGAGUCGCAUAUGAAUCUGGUCGUGCUGGGUUUUAUCCGCCCGGAGUACGAUUACGUGAGUAAGGAGAGUUUGGUCGAGGAUAUACGGACGGAUAUCGAUGUUGCGGGGAGGAGUUUGUGUAGGGAAAAGUAUAGGGAGUACGCGGGGGAGGGGUAUUUGAGAGAGUUUGGGGGGAGGAGUGAGGUGGGUAGCUAG